CAACAGAAAGUGUGGCACUUUUGUUUGAAGCUUUGAGUAUUGAACAUGUUUAUUUAUUUCCAACAUGGGGAAAAGGUUGCUUGUAUUGUAUGGUUCCCAAACGGGUACUGCGAGAGAAGUAGCUGAGCGAGUUCGUAGGGAAGGUAUUCAGCGCCACUUCUCAGUGCAUCUUCGUUCAUUGGACGAGUACGACCUGCCUAGUCUUAUCAAUGAGGAACUAGCUGUGUUUGUAGUCGCAACAACCGGACAAGGAGAUGAACCGGAUAACAUGCAGCAAUUCUGGAGAUUUCUUUUGCGCAAGAAUCUACCGGCUGCUUCUCUGUGCAAGCUACAUUUCGCCCUGCUUGGCCUUGGCGAUUCAUCUUAUACAAAAUUUAACUAUGUUGCCAAGAGGUUAAACAAGCGCCUUCAGCAGCUCGGAGCCUCGUUGAUGACACCGCUGGCUCUGGGUGAUGAUCAGCACGAUCUGGGACCUGAUGCAGCGAUCGAUCCUUGGCUUCGGCAGCUGUGGGAGCUAUUGUUGCGUCAGUUUCCUCUACCACCAUCAUGCCAAAUACUGAGUGACAAUGACUGUCCUGCUCCACGUUUCACAGUGACAGUACUGCCGGCACCAGGAGAUAGUGGUAGUUGUGGUGCUGGAGGUGUGCCAAUACGUUGCCCUGCAGCUCACCCAUCAUCACCAGCAAUCUCAGCAUCAACCUGUAGCUCACAACCAGUUGCUGCUGGGGCGAACUCUUCCGUAUCAGCAAAGCACUACAAGCAGUCAUGUCCAUACCUUGCACGACUCAUUUCUAAUGAGCGUGUCACCUCCCCUGGUCACUUUCAAGACGUACGCCUUGUUCGACUGGACGUAUCUACUGCUGAUCCUGCACAAGUACGCUAUCAACCUGGUGAUGUAGUGAUGAUGCAGCCUUCCAAUGAUCAGUCGCAAGCACAGCGCUUCCUCAAAGUUGUUUGUCAGCACUCGCAGGCAUUAUCGUCCUCUAUGAUUGAUCUGCGGUGUGCAGCGGAUGAAGAUCUUGUUCUACCAUCCACAAGCAUUCUCCCAAGACCAUGCUCGCUGGAGACCGCGGCGCUCAAGUAUUUUGAUUUUCAAGCCAUACCAUCUCGCUACUUCUUCAAGCUGCUGUCUUUCUUUGCAACUGUCCCGCUGGAACGAGAACGUUUAGAAGAGUUUGCAUCAGCGGAAGGCCAGGAGGAUCGCUACUCCUACUGUAACAGAGUACGCCGAACUAUCCUGGAAGUUCUUGAAGAUUUCCCUAGUGCUGCCGCCAACAUUCCACUCUCUUACCUCUUUGACCUGGUGCCUGCUAUCCAGCCUCGUGCUUUCAGCAUUGCUUCUUACUACCAGGAAUCAAGAAGAGAGUUAGAAAUCCUUGUAGCUGUUGUACGCUACCAGACCAAGCUUCAGGAACCACGCGUUGGUCUCUGCUCCAACUGGCUUGCAAGGUUUGACUGUAAAGGCGCCCAACCAGUGCAUGUCCCUAUAUGGUUGAAGAAGGGUACAAUAUGCCUGCCAUCCAGACCUGAGACUCCGCUUAUCAUGCUGGGCCCAGGUACUGGCUGUGCUCCGUUUCGGUGUAUAUCACAGUUUCGAAGCAUGAACAAACUAAACAACUGUGUGGUGUUCUUUGGAUGUCGUUCUCAACAGAGUGAUUUCUUUUUCAAAGACGACUGGCACAGUCUACAGGAGAAUGGCACCAUUCAAUUUAUCCCGGCAUUUUCCCGUGAUCAGCCAUCAAAGGUAUACGUGCAGCAUCGUCUUCUGGAGAACGCACAACUUGUCUGGAAGCUACUGAGCCAAGAUCAAGCCUAUGUGUACAUUGCAGGAAAUUCAAAACAGAUGCCAACGGAUGUGCUGGACACCAUCAAGAAGAUCGCCAGUGAUCAUGGCAAGCUCACAUCAAGCCAAGUUUCCGAAUUCAUGAAGGCACUGGAGAAGACGCGGCGACUGCAGAUGGAUACUUGGUCUUGAUUUUUGCUGGCAAUGCUUCAGAAGUCUGCUGUUGUUUAUGGUGUUAUUGGUAGGACCAACUGGUCACUUUAUUUGCACACAUAGGAUUUUUGGUGAUGUGCUCUCCCAUCUUUAGGAUUGCAGCGCGUGUUGCUUCAUGACUGUCCUUAUCAGUAGGCAGUGGAAGAACACUCGUGGUUAUCAGUACAUUGCUGCCAGGCUGGACCUGGCGCGUGCUGGCAGAAUUUUUCUCAUGCUAUGCACGGCUAAAUUAUAAUUUCAUGGCGCGCUGCUCUGCUAGUAGGCUGUUCUCAUUCGCAUUGGAAUUCUCAUUAUUUAUCGUCGGCCAAACUUGGCUUAGGUUCAGAAUGCCUGUUACGUGUAGUGCCGGUAUAUCACUGGCGUCGAGACAUGUACAGCCCCAUGACCAUGCAACUUGACAUACUUUUAAGGCAUAGCUUAGAGCUGCAAGUAGGUGAACUGCAAUGUUUGUAAACGCUGUAUGCUGA